CGGUUGCCCCUCGUGCGUCGCCGGCGGGCGCCCUGGAGGGGGAGGGGUUAGGCGACGGGAAUGACGACACUCAGAAGCGCGUUAGGACGGCGCAGCCAUCUCAGCUUCCGCUUCCACUGCAGGACAUGUAUGUCAAUAUAAUGAAUGAACGGCUCACACCACUGGGUCUACGGUUGAAAAAGAGCCCAUCUUUUGUAGAUCUUAUUUGUACGUGUCUUUCAAAGGAAUACUCUACCAAGGAAAACUCUGCCAAGGAAAACUCUACCGUGGGCCGUUCUGCUGUGAAAGAUAUUGUUUCCAAGCCCCCGUUAAAGAAAGAUGUAGUAAAAGCUUCAAAUUUUCCUGCAAACUUUCUUAAAAUUGGUAAUUGGGAGUACACCUCGCAGUACGAAGGUGAUUUGGUUGCAAAAUGCUACUAUGCAAAGCAUAAGCUUGUCUGGGAAGUUUUGAACGAUGGUCUUAAGAGUAAGAUAGAGCUCCAGUGGUUAGAUAUUACUGCUAUAAAGGCAACUUGCCCUGAGGAGGGAGAUGGCACCUUGGAACUGAUGUUGUCUCGGCCACCCAUUUUCUUUCAAGAGACCGAUCCUCAACCAAGAAAACAUACAUUAUGGCUGGCGGCACCAGAUUUCACUUGUGGACAAGCAAUCAUGUGCAGGAGGCAUGUUUUGCGUUGCUCCUCGAGUGUGUUGAGCAGAAAUUUUGAAAAGCUUAUUCAGUGUGAUGAGCGACUAAAUGAGCUGAGCCAACAACCAACUAUCAUGUCAGAUUCUCCAUUUAUUGGAACCAUAAGCUCCAUAUUUGGAAAUCAAAAUGAAAGUGACGGCCCUUCAUCCAUGUUCACACAUUAUGUGUCACCAUAUGAUGCUUCUUCUUCAGUGGUCCAAAGGAAUGGCGUGAAGCAUCAUCAGCCAUUGAACUUAGAUUAUUUUCCUUUAACAGGUGCCGCAGCUUCAGAUAUCCAAGCAAAAAUUGUUGCUCAAGAACAAAGGAACCUCAAUUUGUGUAAUCGUGCCAGCCCCAAGGUGCCGAAAGAAUUUCAGGAGAUUGCUGAGAGCCUUUUAAGCGAUACACAAGCCCCGCCGUCCGCGGAUGAGAAAUAUCUGUUGGCAAGAGUGGACUCGCUUAGCAAUUUGCUUGAGAAAGGCACUGCGCCAUCCACCGUAUCUGUUCCUGAGCGCAAUGACACCAUUGCUGCAGGCGAAGUAGGUCAUGAUGCCUUUGCCGAGGAACUCGGAUUUUGUUUCGAAGACGAAGAACAAUGGGCGCCUGCGGGGAGAACUGUGGAUGGCGGCGCAGGACCGCCUGCCAUCUCUAGAAAGGAGUCCAUGGCGGCGGGUCUGUUUGAGAACCUCCCCCGCAUACCAUCUAUGUCAGAGUUGUUCGACAUAGCAGAGGAUUGAGAGAACUCCGGAUUUGGAAAUGUUUCAAUCAUGAGGAACUGUGCGGCUGUGCCUUCUUAGACUUGUUUUGGUCCCCUGUCUGUAACUUACCUGACUCUCAUUUGGCAACAACUGAAAUUUGCGCAUCCCCA